AAAACAAUGAAUAAAUCAAUAGGAGGAAUCCAGUCUUUCUUUAUAUGACUAAGACAAUGCUUAUAAGAGACGUUAUAAUACUAUAACUUGUACGUGCCUUUCAUAUCAUAAACAUGGUAUCUUCACUACUGGCUAAAGUUGGAACUUGUGUUGUUCAGUCUGCACUUGGUUCACAAACGGUAACUUUGGAUAGUUUUUGGCGGGAUCAGCCAUGUAUUAUCACAUUUUUUCGUCGUAUGGGAUGUAAAUUUUGUCGGCUGGAGGCUAAAAAUUUAAGUCAACUGAAACCUGCAUUAGAUGCACGUAAUAUUAAACUCAUUGGAAUUACAUUUGAUAAAGACGGUGUACAAGAAUUUCUUGAUGGACAUUAUUUUGAAGGAGAUCUUUACUUAGAUCUUGAUCGAAAGACGUACAAAGCAUUAGAGUAUAAAAAGGUAUCCGCAUGUUCUGGUCUUGCAACUUUAUUUUCAAAAGCUGGUCGAGCUUUGAAUGCUCAAGCAAAAGCUGCAAAAAUUCCUGGUAAUAUGUCAGGUGAUGGUUGGCAAACUGGUGGACUUCUUGUAGUUGAAAAAGGUGGUGAAGUUCUUUAUCAUUUUGAACAAAAACAAGUUGUAAAUCAUCCAGAUUAUAAGAAAAUUAUUGAUGUGUUAAAAAUCAAACCUCAAGAAGUACCAAAGUUUGCACCUGUUCUAUCAGAAGCCUGCGACGAUGCAUGUAGACGAUGAUACGAUGACACAAGUUGGGGGUGGGGGUGUAGACGGAGAAAAAAUUCUGGCUGCUUAACAAAGUUUUCUGUUUCUUUCCCUCUCUCUCUUUUUCUUUUUCCUGUAGCUUUUAUAUUCCCCUCUUAGUGAUCUGUUUCUUUUUUGUUUAAAUGAAUUAAAUACUUUCAAUGUUCAAUUUCAGGGAAAUUUGAUUUAAUUAAUAUUAUAUAUUAUUAUACUGAUGGUUUGAAUUAUGUUAUAUAUAUUUCAAGUAAUUGUCGAA